UGUUCGCUCACUUUGCCGUAACUAGGUAAUGAUAAAGUUUCAAAAAUUCACGUCCAAAGCUUUUCACACAUUUAAUCGAUGUAAGAGAACAAUGUAAUUAUUCGAUCAUCAGAUUACACUUGUUUUGGGGCUUCCUAAGGUGAGAACAAAUGAGAAUUCAUAUUUUGGGGGGCAUUGUUUACAAGCUGUCAGUUUCAUCGAGUUUGAUUAGAGAAGUCGUCUGCUCGAAGUGUUGCGUGAUCUAAGAGACGAGAUAUUUGCUCUGCCAAACCGAGAUGCUGGUGCACUAUCUGAAGUGACUACUUGCUUUGUAACUGAGAUCAGCCAGCAUGGCGUCCCUGUCACGACCACGCAGUCACAGGCACAUAGCAGAAGAGGUGAGUUCUGACAGCUCCAGUUCUGACAGCGAGGACAGUGACUGGGAGCCAGACACGGGACACCAUGCCCCUCUGGUAAUUGACGAGGAGCUGACCAGUGCUAACCAGCUGACCCUUGUGGAUGAGGAAGCUGGCUCUGUUCUGAUCCACCCCACUAUUGAUGAGGGCGAAGGGGAAGAGGAGGGAGAGGCAGAGAUUGCUGACACAGGACAAGAAGAAAUUGAAGGUGAAGCUGACAUAGAUGACAGAGCCCAGAGAUUAGUUACGCCUGUUAGUAAGAAAGAGACACAGGACGAUGCCGAUAAAAGUAAAAAGAAAAAGAAGAAAAAACGAAAAAUCUAUUACAUCUGUCUGACGAACUGCAAGUAUGAUGUUGUGAGGAAAAUGAGCCGCAGGUUUGGAUUCCGUGAGGUUGGUGAUGACGAGGACUGGACACUGUUCUGGACAGAUUACUCUGUGGCGCUGGAGAGAGUGAUGGAGAUGAAGAGAUAUCAGAAAAUCAAUCACUUCCCUGGAAUGAGUGAGAUUUGCCGUAAGGAUUUACUGGCACGGAACAUGAACAGAAUGCACAAACUCUUCCCAAAGGAAUACAAUAUCUUCCCCAAAACAUGGUGCUUGCCAGCAGAUUAUGGGGACUUUUUGGCUUACACACGUCAGAAGAAGAACAAAACCUACAUUCUGAAGCCCGAGUCUGGUUGUCAGGGGAAAGGAAUCUGGGUGACAAGAAAUCCUAAAGAUAUCAGGCCUAAUGAGCACAUGAUAUGUCAGCAGUAUCUUUCAAAGCCAUUCUUAAUUGAUGGUUUCAAGUUUGACCUUCGGAUCUAUGUGUUAGUGACAUCAUGUGAUCCAUUACGAAUAUUCGUCUUCAAGGAUGGUUUGGCCAGGUUUGCUACAUGCAAAUACACAGAGCCAACACAUUCUAACCAAGAAAAUGUCUUCAUGCAUCUGACCAACUAUGCCAUCAAUAAGCACAGUGAGGACUUCAUCAGGGAUGAUGAAGCUGGGAGUAAAAGACGCAUCACAACUAUAAACAGCUACUUGAAGAAGAAAGGCUAUGACUUGGACAAAAUGUGGGGCGAUAUUGAUGACGUCAUCAUCAAGACACUGAUUUCAGCCCACUCUAUUCUAAAGCACAACUACAGGACGUGUUUCCCAAACCAUAUCAAGGGCAGUGCUUGUUUUGAGAUCCUCGGGUUGGAUAUUAUAUUGGACAAGAAACUGAAACCCUAUGUUUUAGAGGUCAACCAUUCUCCGAGCUUUACAACUGAUGCAGAAUUGGACCGCGAGAUCAAGGGGACCCUGAUUUUUGACACUCUGAACCUAGUCAACUUUGGUGCUUGUGAGAGGAGAAAAUGUAUCGAGGAAGACAAGAGGAGGAUCAAGGAGAGGCUGUUCCAGAGACAGAACAAAAAAGAGUCAAAAGAGGAGCUUGAGCAGGCUCAGGCUCAGUUCUUACAGGUCCAGGAGAAGUACGAGAGCACCCACCUGGGCAACUUCAGAAGGAUUUACCCUCUGGGGAAUGUGGAAAAAUACGAGAAGUUCUUCAACAGUAGUGGCUCCUUGUUCCAGGAGACGGUUGCCUUCAGGGCUAGAUCAGAAAUGGCUAGACAACAGCGAGAGGAGAUAACGAGGAAGAAGGAGAAGCUGGAUGCUAUACUAAAGGGAAAGAGGAGUGGUUUGGCUCGACCUGAGAGUCCUGGCACACGUCGACGGCGCAUAAAACGUCCCAGCAUGCCAGGGCGACAUCUUAGCGCUUCCAGAUACUCCCAUUCAGAGUAUGAGCGUCAGUCAGGUGAGAACAUUGACACCCUGCGGCCAGUGGAGAUAGUGGAGGAGGAGGAGUUAGAGAGGAUAAGCGGGUUGUUACAGCGGGACAGUCUGGUGCGGGGGCUUGGCAUCGUGGAGCACGUGUACCGUCUCCUCCAUUCCACACCCGGCACAGUUGGCGUCACUAAAGCAGACACCAAGGGAAUUCUACCACUGUCCGUAGACCAAUGGUCAAACACAGCACACGAGUUCUACCCCUCCAGCCAUCAGGUUGCACUGCGGCCCAAAGACAAACAUUACUACCAAAAACUGCUUGACAAAUAUUACGGACAGAAUAGCAUGGUGAUCAGUGAUCGGUACCUGCCUAACCAUCAACACUCAAGUCGUAUGAAUAACUUUGUACCGGAUAGUAGAGAUGAUAUUGUGAAGCGGUACCCUCUGCUUAAGCUUUCCCGCAGUGCGGCUGAUUCCAGGGUAGUGUCUUUCACCUCUACGCAAGACGAUAGUUCCAAGCGAAAUACUGCAUUCAUUGAGGAGAAUGCAGAGGUGGAGGCUGACGAUCUUAACCACAGCAGCAACUAUAUCAGUUUUAACGAGAACAGUAUAUACCACCCCACGCACAUCCCCCUGUACACUUCACUGCCCCAGCACGCUUUCCCCAGCCAGAUCUCCUACUCUACACUGCAGCCCAUGCCAACCACGUCUAACCCGUCUUCCCACUCACGCCUCAGCUCCUACACUCAAGCUCAUGUAUCUCUGUCUGCCCAGCCUAAUCACCAGAUGAACCAAUGGCAGAAGUCCAAGCCCCACAACCUGACCACCACGUCUGACAGAACCUCCAGCAUGUUCCAGCAGAGGACAAGAUACACACGAAAACCACUUGGCUCCACCAGAGGAAUGUCAACUACAGCUGUGCCAGAAAGUGAAUACCGUCACCUGUCCCAUCUGCUGGAGACAGAGGCAGAGCGCAGUCGGCUUGCAGCCCGUACAGAAGUUACUGACAGGUGGUCUGAUGGAAUCCUACCUCCACACAAAAGAGUGUUAAGUGCAAAUGCCCAGAGUAAGCCCAAUCCUGAACCAGGGAUGCCUGGUCUCUCUGUGGUGUCUGGCCCAGCACCUGUGGUUCAGCGACCAGAGUUGUCUUCCCCUAACAGUGGCAGCAACCAGCUAUCCAGUCGUGUGAAUAAUUACGAGAACAACAACAACCAGCAGCGUUCAACCAAAUCUCAGCGGAUAAGAGGUGCCUCAAAUAACAUUAGACUGAAACAACUGGAACUGCGAGAAAAUCACGCACUGGUGUUGAGCUGAUUUCCGUCCAAGCCGUAGUCAGGUUGCAUUUUUGUGAUAAUAUUACUCAGCCAGUGGUUGUGAAUUGUGAGAAUUAAUACCCAGUCUGCUUCAACACACUGAAGCACCUAGUUAGUGGCAUUCCAUGAUUAUACUGUGAUAUACUCAGGUCUUUGAAAUAUAUCAACGUUGCCUGUGAUGUUCCUGAAGUUGCUGUACCAAGUAUUAUCUUAUUGCUUGUGACAGUGAAAGGUGUGUGUUAUAUUGUAUUGCUAGGUUAUUUUACACCAAGGUUUCAAUCCUUAGAAAGUUCUAAAACUAUGAAUGUGAUGGUUUAUGAGCACCAUUCGGGAAUAGAUUCAAAUUGCUACGUUGUGGCUGCGAGGAAAGACCAGUACUAAGUUCAGGAGAACACUGGUACACAUUUGCUAGCAGUUUGCUGCUCAAACUGGAUUCCCAGUGCCAGCAAACAAGUGAUUCCCAGCACCAUUGGACACUUGACUGCCAGCACCAAUAGACACCUGUCUAGAUACAUUAUUGUCAGCACCAGUGGACACUUGAUUGUAUGCACCAGUAAACUCCCAGUUGCCAGCACCCGUGGACAUGUGAUUUCCAGCUCCAGUCAAUACCUGAUGGCAGUCACUCUGACAUAGAUACCUGAUUGCAAGCAUAAGCAGACAUUAGAUUUUGUAUGUAGAAUCAAUGUGGACACUUGACUGCAGACACCACAGAGCACAUUUUGAGAUUACAAAUGGACACCAGUUUGCAAGCACUGACCCAUCUCAUGGUUUUAGGCAUUUCAGACAACACAGUCAUACCUCUCAUAGCAUGAACUACAGUACUAAAUUUGAAUUGCAGUGGCUUAAUCUGUGCUAUAAAGGCUUUCCAUAUUAUCAGUACCAAUGGCAAAUCCUGGAUGAGUGUUGAAAGGCUGGUCAGAGUUCAGUUUAAAGGAUGAACAAACAUGCAUAAAACCUGCAUUUUAAGCGGCACUACCGAUGGUGCUAAUACUCCAGCAUUUUUACAGAAUAUAAAGAAUUUCUCUCUAUCAUAAACUUACUCCUGGAAAGUCCCCUUUCUACAGUAGUGCUCCCUUACAAUUUCUGUUAUCAGAGCUCCCUACAUGUCAGAAAGAAACUUCUCUUAAUUCUGUAUGUUUGAAUUAAAGAAACAUGAUGCCACCUUAAAAUACUGAACAUUACAGUAAACAAGUAGGUAAUAUUUCAUGACAAAAAGGAUUUUGUAAUCUACAUAUGCUUAUUUCACUUCACUGAGAAUCAUGCAAUAUCCCAAUGCUCUUCAGUUAGCAUCUUGAUAGCAGCAUCUGUCAGUUUAUACACACAUGGUAAAUUUUUACAUUGAAAAAAUGUAACUGGUAGAAGAAAUAAAUGUCCAUGUAUAUGUAUGGUUGUAUGUUUGUUAUAACAUAUAUAUUGAUGCUCUUAGUUACAUGUUGAUACAUGUAUUGUUACAUAAGUUAUUGUGGAGAUGUAAGUUGUGAUAUAGUUUUGUGAAUUAAACAUUACCUGUACAGUUUGUUGGAGUUCACCUGUAAAUUGGAAUCUUUGUUGCUGUAUUUGUGUUACCUGUGUAUUUUAUGAUCAGGUUCAUCACCAUUACUUAGCAAACCUUUGUAAUUUUGUGUCCUUGUCUUAUUGUUCAUUGCAAAUUUUCAAAUUCAUUACUAUUGUCUGUGAUUCAUUGAUGGCCAAAAUAUUGAUGUGAUAUUUUUUUUUAUUUUGUAAGUAGUGUUAAUAUUUUUAUUUCAAGGCUUACCUUACGUCUACCUGCUUUGCCCAUUCCAGCUAACAGUAUUUUCUUCUAAUACCAGCAUUACACAUAGUGCUGUCAAGGAGUAUUAUACAACAAAGAUUAUUCUACAUGUAUAACUAAGAAUGAAAAUAUUUGACUUUGGGAACUCUUUAAGAAAAUCAAUCAUAGUGAUUAUAUCCUGUUUGCAUAAAUAUUAAAUCAGAACUUAUCUGACUUUUGGAAUGAAACAUCAGAGCUGUUCUUGUUUCAUCACAUAAAGGUACAUGUACUUAUCAAACAGGAACAUGUAUCCAGUCAUAUUUUUCAGUAUUGCCCCUAAAAUGCUGCUUUUUAUGAUCUGUGAUCCACACUUGACAUUUUUAAUUGUAUUCUGUGAUAAACACUGAGAGUUUACAUAUUAAUGGUAAAAAUACUGUACAUCGUAGAACCAAUAAUUGGAACACAAAUUGUCUAUUUUUGUAACCAUUGAUA